AUGCGUCAGCAAACGGAGCAGGCCAAAUUGGAAUUUGAGCAUUCUAAAUUGGCACUGAUUAAAGAGGGAAAGCUGAUGGCUACGGGUGAGUUGGCCAAUGAUUGUGUUGUGGGUCAGUCCACCGAUAGUUUUGAUGUGUUGGGCAAUUUGCGUUUUUUGCCAAAAUUUUGUGAGAAAGAUCCUGAAUCAUUUUUUUCUUUGUUUGAACGGGUCGCUGAUGCACGUAAAUGGUCGGAUGAGGUGCGCACGCUAUUAUUACAGUGUGUGUUCACUGGCAGAGCACAGGAGGUCUGCUCAGCAUUAACAGGGGAGGAAAGUCGUAAGUACUCUCAGGUGAAAUCGGCAGUUCUAAGGGCUUAUGAAUUAGUCCCAGAAGCCUAUAGGCAGCGAUUUAGAGCUUGGAAAAAGGGAGAAAGGCAGAGUCACUUAGAAUUUGCACGCGAUUUGGCUACCCAUUUUACGCGCUGGUGCGCUGCGGCGAGUGUGGAUGAUUUUGAUGGUCUCUGUGAGCUUAUCAUAUUGGAGCAGUUUAAAAAUUCACUGCCGGUGCGAGUGGCAACCUACCUCAGUGAACGAAAAGCUAGAAACGCGACUGAGGCGGCGGCUCUCGCAGAUGAUUAUGUGUUAACUCAUCGGAAUAGUUUUAGUGAGCCCCGGCUGGGCAGUGUAAACAGGGAGUCAUUCGGCCGACCCCUUAAACACUUUCCAAGUGAUAAACAGAGUGGCAGUCAUCUAGGUGAUUCGGACAAACUUUGUAAUUACUGUCACAAACGCGGACACUGGAAAGCAGACUGUCAAUGGCUGCGGUCUAAAUCUAAGAGCACUUUUGGGGAUCAUGCGAAAGGGGUCGCUUUGGCUGUGCCCGCGCGUCAGUUCGUCACUUCUGAGGUUGUGCAUGAUACCGAUUCUUGUCCGGAGAUGGAUUCGUACCGACCGUUCAUCACCGAGGGGUUUGUGUCUAUGGUAGGAAGCGAUACUAAGGUGCCGGUGACUAUUCUGAGGGACACGGGAGCAUUCGAUUCAUUCAUCAGGGUAGGAGUUUUGCCUUUGUCGAAAGACACAGAGACGGGGAGCUCUGUUCCUGUCCGGGGAAUGGAUCUCAGCGUCCUGUGGGUCCCAGUACAUAACGUAACGCUUCAGUGUGAUUUGUUUCAGGGGGAGGCUGGUCUCGCGCUGCGCCCGGUGUUGCCUAUUCCAGGUGUGUCGGUUAUUCUCGGAAACGAUUUGUUAGGGGCGAGAGUCUGGGCAGGGGUAUCACCACCCGUCGUGGUGGCGCCGACACCGUUGGCGAGAUUGAAGCCGGAUGAAAAUGAACGUGAUUUUCCGGAGAUUUUUUCAGCCUGCGCCGUUACGCGUGCCAUGGUGGCCGCAAAGUCCAAGGUUGACACAGAUAAAGAGGGUGUCCGUGAAAGAUUUGCAUUGCCCCUGUCUGACUAUCCUCUGUCCAUAUCUCGCAGUGACCUAGUGGCCGAGCAGCAGUCUGAUCCCUCCCUGAAGAAGCUGUUUGACCAGGUUCGACCGGCGAGUGAGGUGUGGGACAGUGCUUCCGGUUAUUUUUGCCACGACUCUUUAUUG